AAAGCCGCUGUGAAUGGCAAUCGGAAAACGAAGCUUCUUCACGCAAAACAUUUGGAAUAAUUUUUAAGAGUUUUGUCGUUUUGCUUGUCGCAUUUGAAAGUGAACCAAACUAAAAGAUGGCUGAAGAAGACGAGGAAAUACCACACAACAGGACGCAGGCACCCACUAGACGCAAGCCAGAGGAGGACACUGCGUUUCUUCAGUUCAUCGAGAUGGAAAACUUCAAGUCCUAUCGCGGACACAUUGUUGUUGGUCCACUAAAGCAAUUUAAUGCUGUUAUUGGACCCAAUGGCUCAGGUAAAUCCAAUUUCAUGGACGCCAUCAGUUUUGUGAUGGGUGAAAAGACAUCCAGUCUGCGUGUGAAGCGUUUGAAUGAUUUAAUACACGGUUCGUCCAUUGGGAAGCCCGUGGCGCGCAGUUGCUAUGUGACCGCCAAAUUCGUGGUGAACGGAGAGAAGAAUAUGGAUUUCCAGCGUGCUGUCAUCAGCGGCUCCUCCGAAUAUCGCAUAAACGGCGAGAGCGUCUCGAGCAACACAUAUCUGAAUAAGCUGGAAAAACUGGGCAUCAAUGUGAAGGCAAAGAAUUUUCUCGUUUUCCAAGGUGCUGUGGAAAACAUUGCCAUGAAGACGCCAAAAGAAAGAACUGCGCUCUUUGAAGAGAUUAGCACUUCGGGUUUGUUGAAGGAUGACUACAAUCGUCUCAAGCAGGAGAUGAUUGUUGCCGAGGAGGAGACGCAGUUCACGUACCAGAAGAAAAAAGGAAUUGCCGCCGAACGCAAGGAGGCGAAACACGAGAAAAUGGAAGCCGAACGAUACACAAGAUUGCAGGAUGAAUAUAACGAGAAACAAGUAGAGUAUCAAUUGUUUCGACUUUUUCACGUUGAGAAGGACAUACAGAAGUACAAUGCGGACCUGGAGGUGAAGCAACAGGAGUUGAAGGCUGUCGAGCAGCGCAAAGAGGCAGCCGACGAGAUACUGCGGGAAAAGAAGAAGGAUGCGGGUAAAAUAACACGAGAUUUGGCUAAAAUCGAUCAGGAGAUACGUGAAUUUGAGACGCAAUUGAACAAGCGUCGCCCACUGUACAUCAAGGCCAAGGAGAAGGUGGCACAUUGCAAAAAGAAGCUGGUGUCCUUGCAGAAAACGCUGGAAACCGCAAGAGAGGCGGACAAUGCGCAUCAGCAGGACAUACAGAAGCUGGAGAAGCAACUGAGCGAUGUGGAAGUGCUGAAGAAACGUUUUGAGGAUGAAAUUGAGAACGAAUCGCAGCGACGUGGCAAAAGUGUCAACAUGGAGGAGGGACUUGUUCAGGAGUAUGAUCGCUUAAAGCAGGAGGCCGAAGCAACCGCCACACAGUAUCGCUCCGAGUUGGACUCGGUGAAUCGCGAGCAAAAGUCGGAGCAGGAUAUGCUCGAUGGGGAGACAAAUCGCAUGGCAUCUGUCGAGGAAUCCUACAAGAAGCUGUCCCUGCAACGCGAGGAGGCCGUCAAACGGCGGGACAAGCUGAUGGAUCAUAUUAAAUCCUCGCAGGCUGCGCUCGAGGAGCAGAAUCGCAUCAAGGACGAGCUGCGACGCGAUGUGGGCAGCUCCAAGGAGAAGAUUGCCGAGAAGCAACGUGAGCUGGAGAAUGUACGCGAUCAAUUGGGCGAUGCCAAGAGCGACAAGCACGAGGAUGCCCGACGCAAAAAGAAACAGGAGGUGGUCGAGCUGUUCAAGAAACAGGUGCCGGGUGUCUACGACCGCAUGAUCAAUAUGUGCCAGCCCACCCACAAGCGGUACAACGUGGCCGUCACCAAGGUCCUGGGCAAGUUCAUGGAGGCCAUCAUUGUGGACACCGAGAAAACAGCUCGACACUGCAUUCAGAUCUUGAAGGAACAAAUGCUGGAGGUGGAGACGUUUCUGCCUCUGGACUACUUGCAGGUGAAGCCAUUGAAGGAACGAUUGCGCAACAUCAGCGAACCGCGUAAUGUGAGAUUGGUAUUUGAUGUGCUCAAGUUUGAGCCGCAGGAGAUCGAACGUGCUGUUCUCUUUGCCACCGGCAAUGCCCUGGUCUGCGAGACUCCGGAGGAUGCCAUGAAGGUAGCUUAUGAAAUUGAUAGAUCCCGCUUCGAUGCCCUUGCGCUGGAUGGCACAUUCUAUCAGAAGUCCGGUCUCAUCUCCGGUGGCAGUCACGAUCUGGCACGCAAGGCCAAGCGAUGGGACGAGAAGCACAUGGCUCAGCUCAAGAUGCAGAAGGAGCGACUUAACGAGGAGCUCAAGGAGCUGGUCAAAAAGUCACGCAAGCAGAGCGAACUGGCCACGGUUGAGUCUCAGAUAAAGGGCCUUGAGAAUCGACUCAAAUACAGCAUGGUGGAUUUGGAAUCAUCGAAAAAGUCCAUUGGUCAAUACGAUAAUCAGUUGAAGCAAGUGCAAACACAACUGGAUGACUUCGGGCCCAAGAUCAGCGAGAUUGAGCGUCGCAUGCAGGAUCGCGAGGAGCACAUACAGGAGAUCAAGGAGAACAUGAACAAUGUGGAGGACAAAGUGUUUGCCGCCUUCUGUCAUCGCCUGGGCGUGAAGAACAUUCGACAGUACGAGGAGCGGGAGCUCGUCAUGCAGCAGGAGCGGGCACGAAAACGAGCUGAAUUCGAGCAGCAAAUCGAUGGGAUCAACACCCAGCUGGACUUUGAGAAGCAAAAGGAUACGCGAAAGAACGUUGGUCGCUGGGAGCGCAGCGUGCAGGAUGAGGAAGAUGCCUUGGAGGGCCUAAAGAUAGCGGAGGCGCGUUAUUUGAAGGAAAUGGAUGAGGAGAAGGAGAAAAUGGAAAAGUUCAAGCAGGAAAAGCAAGCCAAGAAGCAGGCAGUCGAUGACAUGGAAGAGGACAUUUCCAAGGCUCGUCGCGACGUUGCCAACUUGGCCAAAGAAAUACACAACGUGGGCAGCCAAAUGUCAUCGUCUGAAUCCAAAAUCGAGGCGAAGAAAAACGAGCGACAAAACAUUUUGCUGCAGGCCAAGACGGACUGCAUUGUGGUUCCCUUGCUGCGCGGCUCGCUUGAUGAUGCAGUGCGUCAAAGUGAUGUGGACAGUGUCGAGCCAUCGACAUCAAUGAUGAACGAUAAUCUCAUAGAGGUGGACUAUCGAUCGUUGCCUCAUGAGUUGUGCAGGCUAAAAGAUGAUUCUGCCUUCAAGAAGACCAACGAACAGCUGUUGAAGGAUCUGCAAAGUAAACUGGAUGUUUUGGAGCGCAUUCAGACGCCGAAUAUGAAGGCCAUGCAGAAACUGGAUUUGGUUACGGAGAAAGUGCAGUCCACAAACGAAGAAUUUGAGAAUGCUCGUAAAAAGGCCAAAAAAGCGAAAGCGGCAUUCGAAAAAGUGAAGAAUGAACGUUCGUCACGCUUCGUACAGUGCUGUCAACACAUUUCGGAUGCCAUCGAUGGCAUCUACAAGAAGCUGGCACGCAAUGAGGCUGCCCAGGCAUACAUUGGACCCGAUAAUCCCGAGGAGCCCUAUCUGGAUGGCAUCAAUUACAAUUGUGUGGCACCUGGCAAACGUUUCCAGCCCAUGAGCAAUUUGAGUGGCGGUGAGAAAACAAUUGCAGCUCUCGCUUUGCUCUUCUCCACACACAGCUAUCAUCCUGCGCCCUUCUUUGUGCUUGACGAAAUCGAUGCCGCUUUGGAUAACACAAACAUUGGCAAGGUCGCCUCCUAUAUUAGAGAUCACACGACCAAUUUGCAGACCAUUGUCAUAUCCCUGAAGGAGGAGUUCUAUGGCCAUGCUGAUGCCCUGGUUGGCAUUACACCGGCGGAAGGCGAUUGUCUCAUUUCUAAUGUCUAUAUAAUUGAUUUGACUUGCUACGAGGAUAAAUAAUGAGUUGAUCUUCAACGGAAUUUAGCAUAAGAUCUUAUUUAUAAUGUGCAGCCAAGAGCUUCAAUUUCCAUUUAAUAAAACAUUAUUUUGAUUUCCAUAAAA